AGUCACUUAAUGAUACGCGAAGGGGACGGUUGUACGCUUACUUAUCGAGCCCGAUAUUCACGCGGACAACUGGGUCACGAGCGGCGCUUUUGAAGUGUACGUGAUGCGUGCGUGAGCGCAGCGCAUGACGUGCUACGAAACGUUGAGAGCUUCGGCACCCGCCGCAGACGCCCCCAUGGCGCACCACUUUGUCAAGUGGUGGCGCAACAAGUUUAGAAAUGGAUAUAAGAAAUUUAGUCUUGGUACGGAGGGCGACCGAACUGACACUGAAGAAUUAGUGGGUCGUGCAGCGUCUCAGUGUUCCGCUCCGCCAGAUCUUCUACCAAGCGAAGCAAGGGUUUUGUUACAGCCCGCUACUCCGCCUCCUAUUCCUGCAAGGAAAUCGGACCACCUUCCCAAAAGGUUACCAUCGCCUGAAAGGUCCGCGGAAAACGCUGAUGACAAACAGCCCAGAUUACGAUUUGAGGAAUUAACAUGUGAUGUUGAACUGAAACAUCCAGAAUCAUCUAAACAGCAACCGCUACAAUUCUCCUUUACACUUUACGACCUCGAUGGACACGGUCGAAUGACAAAAGAUGAUAUAGCCGGAAUAGUGUCGACGAUAUACGAGUCGAUAGGAAAAUCGGUCACGGUUCCGCAUUACGGAUCCAAAACUAUACAAGUACGCUUAACGGUUGUUCCGGAGGACGGGCGAACGCGUGACCAGUGUGACAGGGAGAGGAGAGAGGGACGGAAGAAAUAUAGAAGAGAACAGCUAUCUAACGCCAACGUUACGACACCCAUUGACGGAGUCGAGAAUAGCGAAGAUGAACAUCAAGACAGAUUAUCUAACGAUGAUGUCGCUUCUUCUAAAUCGUCGUGUUCUGGGGAACGUCAACCGCCGCAAAGACCUGCGCCGGUUCUGAGGCAAAGGUAUCACAGACACGCGCGCAGGGAAGUGCGCGAAAGAAAGCACGCGAAAAAAAGAUCGGGAAGCUUACAGCGUCGCGAAUUACUUGAAAUAAUACAGGCGAACAUGGAAAAAAAUCAUUUGAGUUUUCAAACUUCAAGAAAGCCUUACGAACCAGUUGUCCAUGAAGAAGAAAUCACGAAUAAAUAUCAUAAGCUUAGAAAUAGAUCGUACACCGUCAAUGAGAAACCGUUGAAGUAUCAAAAGAAACCAGAAACGUCGAACGGGUACUUAGAUUUGGCGAGUGGUGGUGACUCGAAUCUUUGUAGGUAUGAUAGGUAUUUGCACGCGGUUAUUUGUUCAUCAGCGCGGCAUGCUCAUACUGGUUACCAUCAAAAGCAACCUCGAAUAAGUCGGCAACCCCACAACAUGGCGAACCCAAAAUCACGCUCCCACGAUCUACACAAGCAAUCAAAACAACCGAGAGUACUCCAAAUUAUAUUUUUAUAGAAUUUAUGUAUGGACAUCGUCGAUAUCAGACUUUGUCCUCCUUACAUUUUAUAAGGUUAUACAAAAAUAACGUUGUACUGCACUGAAAUUGAAAGUUUUAGGCGUUGGUAAACGGAACAACAGAAUAUAAUAUAUAAACGGAAUAUAAACAUUGACUUUCAAAAGCAAAAAGCAUACCACAAAAAUUUAAUUAAAUGUAGGGGAUCGAUCUUUUAGAAUUACUUAUUUAUCAUUCCAUGCUUAGCAUAGUCAGAGUAAACACUUGUUUGAAUAGAUUAAUAGUGUUUUUUUUCUUGCAAGUGUUACUUAAGAUAGGUACUGUUUUUUAAAUGCUUAUUUGCUCUGCUCCUUGAUGUUACACUAAAAUAUAAAUAAAAAUAUUAGAGGACAUAAAUGUAAGAUAUUUCAGUGAAAAUUAAUUGUACAGUGCCUUACCUUUUAGCAACAUAAUUGUACACAUUUCGCUUCAACAAUUGUUUGUUGAAACUACUAACAUUUUACUCAAUGCUCAUUAGAAUCUAGUUGUAGAUAUAACACGAAAAACUCAUUGAGGAGUUAUAGACUGAUUUUAGACUUAAGUAUAAGGUGCUCGGUUUAAGAAAGAAAUAUUAUUCAAUAAAUCUUGUUGUGUUUACUAAACAGAGUACUUAACUGCUUGUAUUACUACACCUACAGCAACAUGGUUCAGUUGCUGGCUUUAUUAUUCAUACCAGUGUUCUUUUGUUUUCGACGUUGCAUUACCAUUAUCAGUAUUCAUUAUUUUAAGUUAUUUAAUGAAUCUCUAAAAUGUUUUAUCUACCUCUAAUUUUACUUUAUUAGUUUAUACAUUUUUACAAAUAUUUAUUGUAACAGCUAAAUCCUAAAAUUAUGUUAACAUUUGUGAUAUUGAGUGAAUGACAAUCAUGACAAUGUUUCACUCGAAUUUUAUAUGCUGUAAGAUGGAACAAUAUCUAAAAAUCAUUGUACAAAUAUUAUUAUUAAUUGUUUAAUGUUUCAUACUUUUAACACAGAUUUGUUAUUGUUCCAUUUUAAUUGUAAAGUGUACAAAGCGCUCGAUCUUGUCAAAACUAUUUAUUGUGAAAUAAAAUCCUUGAGGUUGAAAAA